CAGGCAGAAAAGAAACGGAAAAAAAGCUGGCGUGGUAGGAUUUUGUGGCUUCAACAAGGUCGAUGUCAUGGCACGGGAGGGAAAAAUCUUGUACAUAACGUGGUCAUAAGGUCGACAGUGUGCGUGGUGAUGACCGCAACUGGAGUUUGGGGUAGGGAGGAGUGUGAAGCGCUAAUCUGGUGGAGUUAAAUGGUUUUUGUAGCAGGGGUUGUGUUCGGAGGGAUCUGGGGUUUGGCGGUUUCAUCGGUGGUCAACAUGAAGUGGUGCCAUGCUCCAUAGUCUUGUGGAGCCGGUGAGUUCAAGGGUUUGGGUGCUUCUGAGCACCGCUGAGACGAGGCACGUAGGAGAAUGGCUGUGCUCGGGCCGUCACCCUCUGUGAUCAGUACGAACUCGAGCUGAAUUGGCUCUUCUCAGUAACCAAUUUUGGGCUCGUGAUUGUUCCUUUGUGAAAUAUUAGUCGACUUGAAGAUAUCAUUUGCCAUCACAGCAAGGAGAUCCUGCGACGGCAUUGGAGCGUUGUAGAUAUAGAAAGACGUCUACGGAUCAUGGCUCUAUGUGCAGUUCAUCCAAUAGCACUUCAUGGCUCACCUCUGCGACUGUGUCCUCAAAAUUAUGAAAAAAGUGCAACUCUCACUACUGUAGUGUCAGCAAUCAAGAGUGCAAGGGUGGUAAAGCACUGGCAUGUGAUACCGAAGAAGACAGAAUUUUGUGUAAAUAUUUCGUCGACUAGAAACAAUUGGGUUCCGAGAUAUGGGGUUUCUUCUUCUUGCUGUAAGAAAAAACCUGGAAUUCGUUGCUCCCGAGAUGAUCGAGGAGGUUGUGAUGCAGCUGAACAUAAGUUUGAAGAGCCUUUUAAGGAAGCCAUUUUUGAGCUGGAAAUUAUGGUUAGGGAGCCAGCAGAGGUACUGGGUGGUAUGCAAGAAAGAUUGUCUGCUAAGGAUUUGGAGCUAGUGCUCACAUAUUUUGCCCAGGACGGUCGAGAUUCUUGGUGUGCACUUGAGGUCUACGAGUGGAUGCAAAAGGAGAAUCGUGUAGGAGACGAGACGCAAAAAUUGAUGAUGGCUAUUAUGUACGAAUGGGUCAUGAAAUUAGUUGAAGGCGAACAGUCUGUGGAGGAGGUGAAAAGCCUGUUGCAGGAUAUGUACUGCGUGGGUUUGAAGCCAGAGUUUCACAUCAUACAAACCAUCAUUUCUUCUUACUGGGACAAGGGUAGGAAGGACAAAGCAUUGUGUUUUGUUAAGCAAAUGCUGGAAACAGGGGUGGAAAGCGAUGCUGAAGAUCCCCUGGCUUUCCUACUCAUAAAGAUGGUCAAAGCAGGAGAACAAAAGGAGGCUAUCGAGUUGGUGCGUACCUUGCACGGAUGUGGGUUGGAGCUUCGUAUUUCUUCUUACAGCGCCGCACUACUUGCUGCAGUCAAGGAGCAGGAGCAGUUCACGAAGGUUCAACGGGAAGUGAGGAUGCUCGUUCAGAAUGGUCAACUGCAGGAGCUGGAGAAACACGAAAAGGAAGCGUUUGCUACCUAUGAAUACCUUCUCCAUUUGCAGGCGGAAGAAAUUGUCCUGUGGGCCGAGAAGAUAGGGACCCCUGAUAAAUUGCCAGUUAUCUACGAACGGCUGCUGGCUAUGUAUUGCAUCGCAGGAAACGGCUUAGCUGCAGAGCGGGCCCUCUGGCAGAUGAAAUUUUCAGGACGGGAGCCACCAGUCGAAAUGUAUAACACUGUAGUCGGCGUGUGUGGAUUUGGAAACCAUCGAGAGGCUGCCUUUCGUGUUCUAAGCAGAAUGGAGGCUCUGGGUCUUAUGCCAGUGAAGAAAACGUACACCGUCUUAAUCGGUGGGUUUCUGAAAGGGGGGAAUUUUCAAGAGGCCUCAGAAGCACUGCUCUUGAUGCUAACCAAGGGAUUACGUCCUGAUUUUCACGUCAUGCUGGCAGUCCUUCGCUCUUUACAGAAAGCUGGACGUGUGUCCCAGUAUCUCCAUCUCUGCAAGACUCUGGCGGAUGUUGGAAUAAUAGAACCCUGCUUGGUGUAUGUCUACAUCGAUACACAUAACUUGUGCAUAAUCAGGGUUUUAUGACAAGUUUCCUUGUAAUUACUGGUAGUGGAGUUUUCUUGUGUACAUUACUGAUGUAUGGUGUGCAACGUGCAGCUGGGGAAAUGCACAACUGGACAUUGCACCACUGUAAAUAGAAUUGUAGAUGAGGCAGUUGAAUUUUUGAGCGCAACUACCAAAUGCUCUGGUAGAUUGCUGAUGUUGUACAGAUUGAAAAUCUUUUAAUAAUAUUGGAUGCGAAUUGCUUUCUA